AUGGCCAUCACCAAUGGAACCGCUAACGGGGUUCACAACGGCCUACCAAAAGGGCACCAAGUGACCUUUUCACCUGAGAACAUACCUUCCUCCGAAUUCCAAGAUCGAAUAGAAAGAGUCCGCAAUGGCAUACGAGCAGCUGGUCUCGUGGGAUUGAUAUCCUUUGGCGACUGCUGGCGUGGCGCAAAUGUGUGUUAUUUCACCGAGUUCCGACCUCUUGAUGGUGUUUCGGAUAUAGCAAACGCCAUAUUCUUCGUCGGAGCAGAUACGGAGCCUGCUUUAUUUGUGUCAAAGCAAUGUCUCCACUACGCUUCAGAGGUCACUACGUUCGACGUGUUCACUUUCGAUGAGAUGCGGGCCAAGCUGCAAGCUUUCUCGAGAGCUCGGACGGGCACCGUGGCCCUUGCCGGUGAAGCUUACAUACCAGAAGACCUUCAUCGGCGGAUAAGGGAUGCUCUUGGGAACUUGACGCUGGAGCCUCAUCCAGUCCUGGCGGAGAUCAAGGCCAUCAAGAGCGAGCGAGAGAUUGCGCUGAUCCGGAAGGCGUCAUACCUGACAGACCAAGCAAUGGAAGCAAUCAGGGAGACGCUUGCGGACGGGCAGCCUCAUACUGAACGCGAGUUGGCCUUGUUGGCAGACCAGAGAAUGCUGGCCGGCGGCGCCGAACGGACGGCGUAUGAUUCAAUGGUCCAGGCUGGUCCUCGGUCUGCCUUCAACCUGGCGAGGCCAACGGAUCGGAUUGUGCAGCCAGGUGACUUGGUUAUGACUGAUAUUGGAGCUCGAUAUCGAGGCUAUUGUGCCGACGGCGGUCGUGGAUUCAUAUACAAGACGGAAAAAGCGGACCCGCAGAAGAAACAAAUCGUCAAAGCGGCUGCUGAGGCUGUCGAGGCGGGUCUCAAUCAUGGAGGACCGGGUAUGACAGCUUCUGACCUGAAUGCUUUCAUGCAACAAGCUUUGGUCAAAUCGGGGUAUGAGCAGUUUUCCAGUGAGGCCCGAGGCCAUGGAACCGGGCAUGGGACGGGAAUGGAUCCAGAGGAGGAGGCUCCGUGGAUUGGUCCUGGAAACAAGACGGUUUUGAAGGAGAACAUGGUCUUCACAUUGAAGGCCACCAUCACGGUUCCUGGAGUUGGUGGAUUACGGACCGAAAGGAUUGUGAGGGUGACAUCGACGGGGAUUGAAGCACUAGACGUCUACCCCAUGGAGCUGUAUUGUGUCUUUUCUCCCGAUCGACGCACAUUCGAGGAGCAUGGAUCACGAAAUCUGCUCGUUCACCUCCCUCCCGGUCCUUCCACUAGGACAAACGACUCCCCUUCGAUCGACGCCCUAGCUCAGCUGCAAAACAGCUUCCCACCGUCGACUUCGCUCGUUUCGAUAAAUUACAGGCUGGGGAAUAGCGGCGACCCAGCACUUUCAACGAAAGAGUCGGUAUGCUUUCCAGUGCCCGUCCACGACGUCUCAAUGGCAUUCGACUACCUCACUUCUCCAACAUCUCCGUUCAAUAUUGGGUUUGAGGAGGCCCCGAAGAUAUGUCUCUUGGGAAGCAAUAUAGGAGGGGCACUUGCGACCAUGCUAGCCCUAACGGAGCCCAACGAGAUCCAUGCGCUUGCCGUGGUUGCACCAAUAGUAGACUGGGCGGGCUUAGAUGAUGUUGUUGAACAGCUACAUGUUGUCGACUCAUCCGAUCCUUCACAGAAGAGGCAGAAACAGAGGGUCACGAAUCGCUAUGGCGUCAAGAACCAGUCAGUCAUAACGGCGGCGGAGGAGUUGAUCAGGUUACGAUCAAGACUGUUCAAGAUACCGUCCGCUUACUUCGACCCAUUUGCAAGUCCGAUGCUGUUCCUCCGCGCUCCAGGGAAAGACACGCCCCUGGCAACCACGGUCGCAGGCCAGUCAAUUGACGACACAGCUAUUGACCAGCUCGACAGCUACGAGGACUAUGACUCCGUUAGUCAUGUCGACCAAGACUCGCGACAAUGGCGCUAUUCAACACAGAUGAGCCCCUCAGGCUCGCCACACGAUACGGGCGGAUCUUCGAGUGAUGGAAAUAGCACCGAAUUGAACCCAUCAAGACCUCCGACGCAACCCCGCCGCCGAAAAGUCCUCCGGCGCUGGCCCGCCGUCGGCCUCCCAGAGUCCGUCACACUGCCUUAUGUGAAGAUCUUGGUGGAAUCUCCACCCGAUCAAGCUGACGCUUUCCUACCCAGCAGCUCGGACCUCCAGGCGCAAGAUAUCGUCAGGGGCCACGCAGCGCUGAUGCGGGCCCAGGGACUGGAGAUGGCCGAAUUGAUGCGGCGUGCUUGUUUCCUGGGGCGGGAAAAGAGCUUUGCGGAGGAGCGUGUUCAGGUUCAUCAACAGCAAGGAGAAGAACAGGAUGACCAACAGAGUGAAGACGUCGAACGACGCCGGGCCAGGAAGGACAGUGCAGGACCGCAAGGGGAAACGAUGCAGAAGAGGGCAAGAAUGCAAAUAAGUGCCAUUGAAUGGGUUGCGGGAAUGUUUGCCAGGGACUGA